UUGGGUCAAGCAGACAUUUUUUGUGAUUUUUCCCAUUUCAUAUUUCUCGAUUAAUGAUCGAUUAAUCAAAAGGAAUAUCAGAGAACGUAAAUUAAAUUUUACGUUCUAUGUGAAAACGACGAAAUGAGUAACAAAACAAAAAUAAUUUUCUCUAAAUUUUAUAAACAAAGUGCUAGUUCUACAAAAUAAAACACCCGAGAAAGUCAUUUGUUCUGCGACGUAGUAUUGUUCUUAAUAAACUGGAACUUUAAAAAUCCAGUCAAAGCCAGCGGAAUAUACAAUAAACUAAUCACAAUUAUAUAGAAACAAUAUUGAGAAAGAUUAAAUUCAUUAAAUCAUAUUGCGACCCAUGUGGAGGUGAAUUAAAGCAAACGAGUAUCCCUGGAAGUGACUAAGAAAAGUAUACACCCGUUUCUCGAAUAAAGGGUGGGAAAAUUGCACUCGGUUAGAUUUUAGUACAAGGGGCAGUUUAUUACACGCAUCGUUGGAAAAGCUUCAAGAUGGUUGAACCCAUUUUCGACUAUCAAUUUCGUCUAAUUCUUAUUGGCGACAGUACGGUGGGCAAGAGUUCGCUCCUCAAAUUUUUUACAGAUGGCAAAUUUGCAGAGCUAUCGGACCCUACCGUAGGAGUGGAUUUUUUUGCCCGCUUAAUAGAAAUGAAGGAUGGUACGCAGAUAAAGCUCCAACUAUGGGAUACGGCUGGCCAGGAACGCUUUCGAUCCAUUACCAAAUCGUACUAUCGAAACUCUGUUGGAGUAUUGUUAGUAUAUGACAUCACUAACUAUGCUAGCUUUGAACAUAUUCCGCUUUGGAUGAUGGAGGCUCAACGUCACAUUGAACCACAUCGACCUGUUUUUGCGUUAGUUGGUUGCAAGCUAGAUCUUGUUAACGCAGGCGGCCGGCGUGAAGUAGGCACUGAUGAGGCACAGGCUUUUGCAAAGCAACAUGGCCUACAUUUUGUUGAGACUUCAGCCAGAAAUGGCGUUAACGUGGAAGAAGCCUUUCGUAUGGUGACACAGGAGGUGUAUGCACGAAUACGAUCAGGCGAAUACAAAGUCGAAGAUGGUUGGGAUGGUAUAAAAACUGGAUUUGCCAGACCAAAUAGUUUAGAUUUUAAUUUGGUUAUGGCAGAACCUGAAAAGUCAUCUUGUUGUUGAUGUGAUUGUAUUCGAUGGGUUUCUCCUGUUGGGGAAUGGUAUAAAUAUUACGUUUUCAAGAUUACAGAAGACUUAAUUUUAUUUUAAAUGAAGGUUGAAAUUUUUUUGGAAUUAUUUUAUAUAGAACAUACAUAUACAUACUCAGGCAGGUUCUGCAAUUCACUUCUGUGGGAAUUUGAACACCAUAAAAUUUGAAUUCACAGUGACUUUGUUUGAAUUCACUCGGGAAUCAAUUGCGGAACCUUGCCUGAUACUAAAUACAUAUAUGCUUUUUUAUAUGACAAUUCGGCAUAGAUAUAAAGAUCUGCGCAUUUACAUAUGCACUGUUUUAUGGUUGAGGCGAUAAAAUGACAGGCUGCAAUUUUUAAUAAAAAGUUUGAGGACCGUUUUCUAAAGCAGGGUUUAAAAUUUACCUACCCUUUAAACACAGAUUCUGUUCUGAAAAAAUGUGUUUAAAGGCCAUAUAAAAUUUAAAACCUUAGAAAACGGCCCUAUGUUUACUAAAAUACUUUUAUUUGAUAUAGGAUACAAAAACUGAAUGCGAAACUAAUAAUCCUAUUCUAACCAAAUAAAUAAACCAAAAACGAAAGUAAAUAAAUGGUCAAAUUAAGAAAAAAUAUUUAUAUGUAUGCAUAUUUGUUUUAACCAGAUUAAACUUUUGCAGUAUAUUAAAGCCCUAUGGUAAAUUUUUGGUAGUAUUUAAGCGUUUUAGUUAAAAUAAACUACAUUAUUUAAAAAAAGCUAUUACUAUAACUUUACCUUAUCUUUUGUCUUAAAAAUAAUCCAUUAAUAAAUUUAUGUUACUUUGGAUGACAUUACAUAUGUACAAGUAGUAACAAAUA